UUUCUAUUCAACCCCCUUGCCUCGUUGUUUCUAGCGACUUUUCUGAUAUAUCAUAAUCUUUGUGACACACGAUGUCUCCAAUAGCAAAAGACUCCACUGUGGAUCCUUCCGCGAUCAGAUUUGUCAUCGGGGACACCUUUAUUAAGAAGCAAGCGGGGAGAAAUCCCAUUCGGAGAGUUCAUGGAGAGAUAUAAACCCCGAUUGACACAUUUAUAUACGCAGCGCAACCUCACUCUCACUCACAGGCCCUUCAUCCACAAUCAAAUCAGGACAGAUAACCCAAUUCAAAAUGACUUACUUCGGCAAGAUCUACACCUACCCCAACAACCCGCGGGUCGAGAAGAUCCAAGCGGUAGCCAACCUCAGUUCCCUCGAAAUCCUCAUAGACCCCGAUUUCCAAAUGGGUGUGACGAACCGCAGCCCGGAGUUCCUGGCUAAGUUCCCCCUGGGUAAGGCGCCUGCGUUCGAAGGGUCGGACGGAACUCUGCUCGUCGAAUCCGAUGCUAUCGCCCAGUACGUCGCCGAGAGUGGUCCGGCCAAGGACCAGCUGCUGGGAGUAUUGCCGGCGGAGCGCGCGCAGAUUCGUCGGUGGAUUUCAUUCGCUGAGGGUGAUAUCAUGGACGCCGUAGUGCCGUUUGCGCUGUGGCAGAUGAAGUUGGUGUCCUAUGAUGAGGCGGCCUUGGAGGGCUAUUUGGCGAAGCUGGAACGCGCGCUGGCCGCACUGGAGACCCACUUGAAGGCGGGCAAUCAGAAGUGGUUGGCCACGGCGGACAAGUUGAGCUUGGCAGAUAUUAGCAUGGCGGCGGCGCUGGCCUGGGGGUUUGUCACCGUGCUGGAUCAGGAGUUGAGGGAGAAGUAUCCAAGUGUGGUGGCCUGGUAUGAGAGGACGAUUGAGAGUGACGGGGUCAAGGAAGCCUUCGGAGAGAAGAAGUUUACAGAGAAGAGACCUUCUUUCAAGUGAGAGUUAGAUCCAAUCGCCCAGACCGGAUAUGAAACCUAGCCUGUGGGACAGAAAAGGAGAACAUUAAAUACAAAAACAAUAAUUCCAAUGCUAACUUAAUCGAAACUUGGCGA